CCCUGCUUCAGAUCCAGAUUUAUACUGCUGCUGGAGGGCGCAGUCUAUGUACCUGGAAGGCGCCCAACAUAAUGGAACCGUGUAUUGUACCAGGAGGGCGCUUGUUCGCUCAUAAUAAAUAUAGAGAAAUUUCCCAGCAGUCAAAUGGCCACCGGGUUUGCAUCCAGCAUCUGUUUGGCUUGCUCAUGAUAUAAUUUUGGGCAAUCUGGCGUGCUUAUUGAAAACGAUCUGCGCUAGCGUGACCACCUUGCAUUGAGGACUUUACCUGACCCCACGACCUGUACUUCCUAUAUCUCCAUCAUCACUCACCAACGACGAUGUCUUCCGCUAGAAGGCCUAUUAUAUUCAAUGAAAAUGCAAAGGAUUGGCGAACGCCGCCGUCAGAGUCAGCCGAUGCUGCAUUUGCUUUCCAUCAACGCCAUUUCAACUAUCAGCCCACAAAACUGAUCGCUCUGCCGGACAUCGCCGCCGAUAUUGGCGUCAAACAAAUAUAUGUCAAAAGUGAAGUCAGCCGUUUCGAUUUAUCUUCCUUCAAAAUUCUUGGAGCCUCCUGGGGUGUCUUUCGUUGCCUGGCAGCCCGGCUUAACCUACCAUUGACAGCUACGCUGCAAGAUAUCAAGACGGCCCUCGACGGCUCACAUUAUACGCUCUAUGCUGCUACCGACGGUAACCAUGGCCGAGCAGUAGCACGGAUGGCUUCUAUUCUAGGCAUGUCUGCCGAGAUUCAUGUCCCGUAUGGACUGAGCUCAGCUGCUAUUGCAUCCAUAGAGAGCGAAGGCGCCCAGGUUGUGGUUUCUCAAGGCAACUAUGACGUUUCAAUAUCAGAUGCGGAUAAAGCAUCGCAACAUUCAUACGGCUUGCUGAUACAGGACUAUGCAUUUGGUGACUACUUGGAUGUUCCACAGUGGAUCGUAGAUGGCUAUCAGACAAUGAUGCGAGAAAUCGAUGAUCAACUUGGUGGCGAUUCAGCCUCUCUUGUCAUAGCUCCUGCUGGAGUCGGUUCUUUUGCUCAAGCAGUUACCUCGUACUUUAAGCAACAGGGGAAAGAUACUGCAGUGGUCUGUGUUGAACCAGACACGGCUGCUUGUAUCUGGAAAAGCUUUCAACAUGGCGAACUCAUAUCCAAAGUCAACACACCGACAAUCAUGGCUGGCCUUGACUGUGGCACUCCUUCGAAAAUUGCCUGGCCUGUCCUCCGACACGGCGUGGACGCUAGCAUCACAAUCUCUGAUUUUGAAGCCCAUCUUGCCUGCAAGCGCCUCGCUGACAUUGGUGUACCAGUCGGUCCCUGCGGAGCGGCGGCCUUGGCGGCUCUGCUACGUAUGGGGGCUGAUGAUAAAGUUCAUUUGGGAUUGGAUUGCGAUUCAAUAGUCGUUCUCAUGUGCACAGAAGGAGCAAGAGACUAUGCCAUUCCCCAUGACGUUGGGUCUGAUUCUGCGACAGAAUUGGCAAAUACGCUCGUGCAAUUAGAGAAUAUUGUUGACCAACCAGAAGACACUGGAGAGAAUGAGUCGCAUGUUACCCGCUUUAUAAGCCAUUGGCUUGAGCAUCGUGAUAUCGACACACACUAUAUCGAUAUUGUAAAUCGUCGACCUCCAUUGGUCGACGUACCCCCAGGUGCCCGGCGUACUUCGGCGACAUUAUGCCCGCUAGUACGACGUGGGCUCGAUGGCUCUAAUCAGUAUGAAAAAGAAUAUAGCAAUGAUGAAGGCAUCCCUCCAAGAAUGAAGAGCGGUCUGGCGGCGGCCAUGAUUGCCACAGCUGUCGCGAAGCAAGCGACACGGGGAAAUGUGAAGCUUUGUGCUAGGUUACAGGAAGAAUACAAUUGAUAUGACGUUUGAUAUUACUGUAACUUAUAUGUCAUGGAUAAUAUCUACCAAAUUACAAUCAUUUGAGUCAUGACAUAAACAAACCAAUCUGGUCAUGAUCGCGUCAUAGUACAUUCCGGAGGCGGGUCUUUCUGCUGGUAUACCAUGGGUGCAAAAAAGGACCUAACGACUGUAAAGAAUGCAGAGUGGCAUUUCCAACACUGACGAUUGGGAGCUUAAACCUCAAGCUUUUCAUUGGGAAUCUCCGCAGUUAGCCCCAAUGACGCCGCAAUUGCAAAAAGUCUCUGCUUCUCCUCAUGUGCUGCUGUGUCUCCAAAGAUCUCGUCCAUAUCUUCUAGGCUCUUUCCCUUGGUCUCCGGGAUAAAGAAAUACGUGAAAACGAAAGCGAUUAGAGCAAAUGCAGCAAAGAAGAUGUAUGUUCCCCAUUUGAUUGUUUCUAGCAUGUCUGGUGUCACAAGACCAAUGAUGAAGUUGCACAUCCAGGUGGUGCUAGUGGUGAUGGCAAUUGCCUUUGACCGGUUACCGAGAUUGAAAAUUUCCGAAGGCAGAACCCAUCCAAUAGGGGCAAAAGAGUAGGAGAAGUUGAUGUCGUAAAUGUAAAUAAACGCGAUUCCUGUCCAACCUGCGGCCGGGUGUACGCUAAUGUUGUCGCCAUACGUGCCCAGAAUGGCUCCGACAAUGACAAGAGAUAUAAAAGUUCCCGUAGCGCCAGAGAGAAGAAGGGGCCGGCGGCCAAGCUUGUCGAUGAGGAAAAGUGCAGGCAGAGUAGAAAGAGUGUUGACGAUACCAUAUACUCCAGUGGCCAGCAAGGAUGUGGUGUUUCCAGACAGGCCAAGUUGGGCAAAGAUUGUUGGCGCAUAGUAAAUCAUAGCAUUGCAGCCAAUGAAUUGUUGCGAGAACAUAGUGACGCAACCAAUUGCAAGUCUCCAAAAGGCAGGGCGGGUGGAAACCAAUGACUUGUAUUGUGCCAGGUAGAGUGAUGCACCCGAUUUUCCAGGAAACUUGUCUUUUGCUACUGAUUCAUCGAACAGCACUUCUGCCUUAAUGGAAAGAUAUUCUUCUCGAAGCGAGUCGUCAUCAGGGUGUACCCGUCUGAGCUGCGCCAGUGCCUUGAGAGCCUUAUCCUCCUUGUGUCGCAUGAGGUAGUAGCGGGGUGAUUCUGGGAAGAAGAGCAUGCCGAUACCCAGAAUGAGCGCUGGUGCAAGUUGAAGAGCAAAUGGAACACGCCAUGAAGCCUCGGUCUGACCUGUGCAGCCUCCGGCUGCGACAUCCUUGUAAGGGUCAAAUCGUGAUUUGGCUGGCGUACCACCAGAGUACGGAAUCUCUGGCGCGCAUCUUGCACCGCCAAUAUACUGCGUGCCAUACUCGAGCCAAUAGCUGACCAAGAUGCCAAGCGUAAUGCUCACUAAAAAGAUGUUAGAGUAUAUUAUUGCGAAGAUAUUUGUAGUAAAACUCACGCUGCU